AUGCAGAGUGAUCCGACACAGGACCCGCUUGGUGGCAAGGAUACCAAGAAGGGUAACCUGACAUCGCAAAUGCAGGACACUUAUAAAGGCGGAUCUACGCAGCCUAGCGCUAUGGAUGAUGCCGCUCCCAGAGGUGGUGUCCCCGAGUCGAAAAUUGGGGAAAUGUACAAGCCACCAGAGGAUGUAUUAGUGGCAUCAGCGGUCGCCAAUGCUAACCAGCUGCCAACUGCCAAUGAGGAAGGUGCCAUUGGAUCAGUUCCAUUGGAGCAAGUACACCCUAGAGCUUUGCGUUCUGCGCCAUCAAGAGACCAAAAUAAAUUUGAUACAUCUAUUGAUGGCCCUGGUUUAAUUGACAAAUAUGGUAUUGCAGGGGGUAAGAAAUUCGACGAAGUGUUAGACGACAAUACUCCGGAUAACAUGUAUCCUUGGUCUCACAUUGGUGAAUUCCACUCAUCUGGUGUCGGUAAACCUUCCAAUGUCAGCUCAAAGGCUGUGAGGGCUUAUCUUUUAGAAGUGUUCUUCAACGAUCUCUAUUUCAACACUUCUACAAUCAUGGGUACGUGCUUUUUCUCUUGGCUUUUUGCAUACAUCGGGUUCUCAUGGUGGUCUAUGAUUUUUAUUUUCUUCGCAACAGGUACUGUUUACAACAUGGAAUACAAUAGAUUCAACAGAAACAUUAGAGAUGACUUGAAAAGAACCACCGUACAUGAAACGAUCUCUGAUCGCGUUGAAGAAACUCUAUGGUUAAAUUCUUUCUUGUCGAAAUUCUGGGUUAUCUACAUGCCUGUUUUGUCACAACAGGUGAAGGAAAACGUGAACCCAAUAUUGGCUGAAGUAGCUCCAGGUUAUGGUAUCGAUGCACUAUCUAUCGACGAAUUCACACUUGGUACGAAAGCGCCAGCCAUUAAGGGUAUUAGAUCCUACAGUAAAACAAGUAAGGACUCCUUUGAGAUUGAUAUAUCAUUCGCAUUCACACCAAACGAUGAAUCUGAUAUGACACCUGUCGAGGCUAGGGAAAAAAUCAAUCCAAGAAUUGCUCUGGGAGUCAACUUGGGUAAGAGUAUAGUCUCUAAGAAGGUCACAGUGCUUACGGAAGAUAUAAAUUGUUCCGGUAAUGUUCGCUUGAUGCUGAAAUUUGGUAACAUCUUUCCAAACAUAAAGACUGUCUCAGUGCAAUUACUUGAACCACCUAUGAUCGAUUUUGUGUUGAAACCAAUUGGUGGUGACACAUUAGGUUUAGAUAUAAUGUCAUUUUUACCAGGGUUGAAGAGUUUUGUCAAGAAUAUGAUCAACUCCAUAGCUGGACCAAUGCUGUUUGCUCCUAACCAUCUGGAUAUCGAUAUGGAAGAAAUUAUUGCUGCACAAUCGAACGAUGCUUCUGGUGUUCUUGCUGUAACUGUCAUUUCAGCAAAGGACCUACAAACCGCUGCUGAUAUUACAAGCGACGUCAAUCCAUAUGUAACAUUUGAAUUAGACAAUCCUGUUAGUGGAACCGAUGAAGAGCUUGUUACUAAUGUCAAGGCUGACACUAAGUCACCAACGUGGAAUGAAACAAAAUAUUUAUUGGUCAAUAACCUACAGCAAAAAUUACAUCUAAAAUGUUAUGAUCAUAACGGUGUAUUGAAGGAUUCUAUGAUCGGUGAAGCUGAGAUUGAGCUAGAUGACUUGAUGCAAACCAGUCUACUGGAACAUAAAACAGCUAAUCUGCAGGUCUCAAACUCCUACCGUGGUAAGAUUACAUACUCCCUUCAUUGGUUCCCAUCUGUCAACAAAGCUGAAGAAGAAGAUGAUGACGACGAUAACAAUGUUACCACUAGUGCCAAUGCUCCAAACACUAACGUGGAUGAGGAUGAGUUGGAACAAGAGGAUAAUGAUAGCUGUGUGGGAAUUGCCAAACUUGUCUUACAUUCUGCAAAGAAUCUUGAUCUUUCCUCCUCUAUAUCAGGUACGUUGAAUCCACAAGCUGAAUUGCUUAUGGAUGGCCAAUUAAUAAAGACCUUUAGAAAGGUCAAGCGUAAUAAUGAACCUAAUUGGGAAGAAUCUGUUGAAUUUUUAGUACCAUCUCAGACUGAUAGCAAACUCACUUUGAAGAUUUGGGAUGACCACAAAUCACACAGAGAGUUCUUGUGUGAAUACAGCGGAACAGCAUCUGAGAUCAUGGACUCCUUAAGUAUGGGUGCAUCUUCACUUGAGGCUUCACCACAAGGUUACAUCAAUGUAGACUUACAAUGGAAAUCAGUUCCAAUGUCAGGAUUGAUCAAAGUCACUAGCAACAGCUUAUCAGAUCCUAUUGGUGUACUGAAGAUAUUUGUUAGAAAUGCUGAAAUCAACUCUUCCCUAUCCGGUAUUGGUGACAUUGAUCCAUACUUUUCUGUUUCAUUGAACAAUGUACAAAGAUAUAGGUCGAAAUACCAGUCUGAAAACAGAUCUCCAACAUUCAAUUAUAUGGUUUACGUUCCUGUUACAUCAGAUGGUCAAACAAUCACGAUAAGUUUAUCCGACUACCAAUCUGUUGGUUCAGAUAGAUUCAUCGGUUCUGCAAGAGUUCCUGUUUCCAAGUUUGCUAAACGUGAUAAAAAGACGGGUAGGUACCAACCUUAUGAUAAACUUGACAAGUCUGUCAAGCUUGAUAUAUUGGACAAGAGAGGUGGUGAAACUGAUGAUUUUAUCAACGCCUCAUUUGCUUUUAUUCCUGCUGUUCCAGUUUAUUCUCCAGAAGAAAUCGCUAAUAUUGAACCACUUGAAUUAGAAUUGAAGGAAGAGAAAUCUAAAUUUGAGAAAGAACAAGAGGACUUGAAACAGCGCAUGGAGAAAAACCCAGAUGAUUAUGAAGUGGUAGAAGUAAAUGAUCCAUUUGAAGACAAGCAAAAGAAACUAGGUAAGAAAGAAAAGGUACCACUCCAAGAGUUAUUAGAUAACUAUGCUGGUGUUUUGACCUUCCAGAUAUCGGAAGCUAGAUUGAGUGAUGCACCUGCUUAUCUAGAAGUUGCAUUUGAUGAUAUAUCAUUCCCAUGCUUUAUUUCGAAGCGUUCAAAUAGCGGUAAUCUUGAUGCUCAAAGUGCAAAUGCAUUCAUUCGAGAUUUGGAAUACAGUAAAUUGUAUUUGAGAAUCACAACUAGGAGAAUCGUAAAAUCUAUUGACGAUAUUAUUGCGGAAGCAGCUUUUGAUACCAAAGAGUUAUUACAUAGAGGUUACGGAAAGCCAAUUGAACUUCAAGUGAAUGACUCAAAGGUAACGAUGACGUUCUUAUACAACCCUAUAACAGAAGAGUUGCCAUGCAACGAAAGAGUCCAGGAUACAGGCUACUUGAACCUAAACAUUAUAUCAGGUUCCCAUCUAAUGGCAGCUGAUAGAAACGGUAAGUCUGAUCCAUUCGUUGGUAUAUAUAUCAAUGGAAAACGUGUCUAUAAGACACACACCGAAAAGAAAACUCUUGAUCCAGUAUGGAACGAGCAUUGUAAAAUUCCAAUUCCAUCAAGGUCGAGAUCUAACGUGGUUAUGCGUGUCUGGGAUUGGGAUAGAGCCGGCUCGAAUGAUGAUUUGGGCUAUGCAGACAUCAACCUAUCUGAAAUGGAGAUCAACAGAACAUAUGACUGGGAGUUACCUCUCAAUACGCAAGGUUCUGUUAAGCUUUCUGCCACCUUCAAUCCUGGUUAUGUGAAACCUACUCUUGAUGAAAAGGAUGGUGGAGGUCUAUCUGACGCGCCAUUAAAGGCAAUUGGCGGUGUUUCAGGAAAUGUCGCCGAUGCUGCUGGAAAUGUCGCCGGUAUUGCUGGUGCUGGUCUUGGAGCUGCAGCUGGAGGUUUGAGUAAAGGAGGUAAGCUACUCAAGUCAUUAGGCCAAGGUAGAAAGUCUUUUGAUAGCCAUAGAAGUCACAAGAAAUCCGGCAUUGAUGAUAGAACCAACGAAGAAAUCGCAAAGGAAGCCAAAGAAAGAACCGAGAGAGAUAUGGAGAAUAAGGAAUCAGGCGGCCCACAUUUAGGUAUCCCUAAAAUGAAGAAGCCUAGUAUGAAUGGGUUGAGUCUUGGUGCUAGCCACAUCACAUCGCCAUUCCAUCAUGACCAUAACACUCAAGAUACUCCACCUCAACAAAUGUCAGAAACAUUUGGUGACCACAACACUUCGAGUAAUCAAUCUACUCCAGGUAUUGAAAGGAUCUCUACUGCUAGUACGUUUGCUAGAACUUUGGGUCCAGAUGCCGCCACUACUGGUACUCUAAAAAUACUUUCCGGUGACAAUUUGGGCCGCAACAUUCAAAUUAAAGUCUCACUAACACAGGCAGGCAGAAUUAAGUAUAUUUACAAGACUAAGAAAUGUAAAGCUGACAACAAUGGGGACAUUGAAUUUCACGAGGACGUUCAAUUUAAAGCUUCUCCAGAAGCUAACAUUAUCUUAGGUGCUGUCUCGGUGCAUACUUUAGGUAAGGAUAAGGAAGUCGGGUUCGGCCAAGUUAGUUUGAAGGACCCUAGUGUUCACAUGGGACAACCAAUCACAGUUAAUGUGGGUGAAGGUCAUGUAACGGUCCUAAUCGACUACUACGCGGACCAAGCACCACCAGUGCCCGAAGUACCAAUGGAAUACAGAACUGAAUAA